CCGGGACAGUGACUGCACCAUUUCCCUGGGCAGCCUGUGCCACUGCAUCACUUUAGUUUUCCUUAAUUAAAAAUCCCUAUGCAGUAUUUAGAGCACGAGCGUUGUAUUAGGGAGGACUGGAAACACACCUGGGCUGAAAAGGGCGGAGUGGCUGCUUUUAUUUCUUCAUGUUAAGAAGAAGCAGAUGGCAUACAAGGAAACCAGUAGAAUAAUGCCUAAAGAAACUUCUGCUGUGAUCAUUCUGCGUGGUCAUUUGUCAGUGCUGAAGCCAGUGGAAGACCAUUGUUUUGAAGUGGGAGCUGCAGGGUUGCGCCCAGUGUUAUUUGUAGUUAUAACUGACAGUUACAUACAUCAGUUUACAAAAUAGCUUGUGGUACUUUGUUGACUCCUAAGAGUUUACUCUGAUGAUUUGCUGUUUGUUUGGACUGCUUCAGAAAGCAAGAGUGAAGGGAACAGCGUUCUGUAGCCGUGUAGGACAGCUUUCACUGGGCUUUGGAGUAGUGAGAUGUGAGUGCUGAAACUGGAACUUGUUGUUGAAAGGACGUACAAAUACAAUCUGAGCUAGCGUGUUGGUGUGUGAUAUCAAACCCAUUCUUUCUUAGAGAGAGGGAACAAUAGUAACCAUUGUCAUCUGUCACGUAAUUCUUCUUUCCAUCGCUGUAAUAACACGCUGUGUGGCUCUUUCUUUUAACCUAGUGGGGAGAAAGAGGUGCUGAGUGAGAAUGCUGUGCACCAAGCAGGAAGUUUUCACUGGAAGCAGCAGCUUUCUCUUGCUUGGUGGAAAUAACAGUGAACUUUGUGUUGUUUUUUUUUCCAGUUUUAUUAUCAAUUUUUGACAUAAUGAGUGUUUUCUUUAAAAAAAAAAAAAAAAAAGCUUUGUUAGUUGGCAUUCUGAUUUCUGUAUCAAGUGAUCAGUUUUUGUUUCAUCUUUAUUAGAAAUGGACACAAGUUGUUUCUAGCGUUUCUUGAGGGGAAAAGCGUGCAGUCAGUAACUGAGGUCCUGUGAGCAGUCAUCCCUGUGUUCCCAUCGAUGUGCUUUGUUGGUAAAGUCAGCUUCUGCUCACUUCCUUGGGUGGGUGCUGGGGACAAGCCUCCAUUUCAGAUGUAUGCUGCCCACCUACUCUCUGCCAUGUGCUGAAGCCAUGCAAGAAUAGAACCAUCCCAUAGCUCCCGGGGGCAGCAGUCCUGCAUCACGUCGCUGGUUGAAUAGUGACUGAGGAUAAGAAGGCUCUCAGUGGGCUGGCACAGAGCAGUGCUGCCUCCCAUGCCCUGGGCUGCGUGGGCCGAGACUUGGAGGAGGUUUAUCUGGCUGCACGGGACUGCUGUUUGGCUCCUGAGACACUGAAAGCCCAUUUCUGUGCCUGCUGAGAGGUGAUGCUUCAUCCUGAGCUUCACCUGAGCAGUACCUGCUUUCAACUGGUGCUUUUGAAGUCUAAGAUUGUUGUGUACCUCCGUAUGUUUGUGUUCUUCCUCAUUGUUCUCCGGUGUGUGCGUGUGCCCUUCUAAAACAUCUUAAUCCUACCUUACUGAAGUGCUUAGCUCUAGAGCUCUUUUCUUUCUCGUUGUUUCCCCGAGCGGAUAAAUCCGUUCUAAAAUUCCUCCACGCAUGGGAAAUCUCAGCUCAAAGGUACCACAUGAGGGGGUUGCACAACAAAAACAGAAUGGAAUUGCAACUUGCACACCUGCUGUGAAAACAAAGGUACUUACUUCACUUGUGCAGCGGCAUCCAGCGCACGAGAGGAAUACAGAUGUCUCUUUGUAUUCCUCGCGCUGCUCUUCUUUGUAGUACGGGGGCGGCUGAUGAGAAAUCCACGCUGUGCUGCUCGGAAAUUGCCCAGCAGAGCCCGAUGAGAAGCUGCUGGGGAUGAUGAGACCUAAUUGCCGUCCCUGCAUCAGCAGCGCCUAUGAGGCAUCCUGGGAAUUGCUCGCCCCACGCUCAGAGCAGCUGGUCACAUGAGCCUGAAUUUUCAGUUCAGUUCAUUAGUCAGCCAUUUUGGUCAACACCCUGCUUACUGCGCACAACCAAUCCUAGCAGCACUCGCUGCCCUGCCUGAGCUGGCAAGAAAGGCACCAGCAGCUUCAUUUCAGCAAACCUGGAGAUCUUCUUCUACGUUCUUCCUUUGUUUUUGCUUGGGUAGCCAUCAGAGGAAGCCCUUCUUCUUCUUCCUCCUGCAUUUUUUUUUCUUUUAAUAUAUUUUUUUAUCUUUUUUUUUUUCCAUCUUUGAUGCAGAAGCCAGGUUUUCUGUGGUUGCUUAGGAUCAAUAGCCUUUAGCAUAUCUGAAGACAGCGACAGCUGACGAAGAGGAGGGAGGAACAGACGAGCGUGAAGGAGCGGCGUUUUUACCUUGCUUUAUAUAUGAAAAGGCCAAAGCAGUCUGUGCGAUCCUGAGCAUAUCUGACCUAUAAUAGCAAGGUAUUUCUUGUUUUCUUCUUCCAAAAGCUCUUCUUCUUAGUUCUUUUUUCCCUGUUGUUGUCGUACCAGCUGAGUCAUCAUGUCUGCUCUGACGCCUCAAAGCGACAUGCCAACCCCCACCACCGACAAGAUCACUCAGGCUGCCAUGGAGACCAUCUAUCUUUGCAAAUUCCGAGUGUCCAUGGAUGGAGAAUGGCUCUGCUUGCGCGAGCUGGACGACAUCUCGCUGACCCCCGACCCAGAGCCUACCCAUGAAGAUCCUAAUUAUCUCAUGGCUAAUGAACGCAUGAACCUGAUGAACAUGGCAAAACUGAGUAUCAAGGGGUUGAUCGAAUCAGCACUUAAUCUGGGCAGAACACUGGACUCUGACUAUGCACCUCUUCAGCAGUUCUUCGUUGUGAUGGAACAUUGCCUUAAACAUGGCUUGAAAGCCAAAAAGACUUUUCUUGGGCAAAAUAAGUCAUUUUGGGGACCUUUAGAACUAGUAGAAAAACUUGUUCCUGAAGCUGCAGAGAUUACAGCAAGUGUUAAAGAUCUCCCAGGUCUGAAGACACCUGUGGGUAGAGGAAGAGCUUGGCUUCGCCUUGCUCUAAUGCAGAAGAAACUUUCAGAGUACAUGAAAGCCUUGAUUAACAGAAAAGACCUUCUCAGUGAAUUUUAUGAGCCUAAUGCACUGAUGAUGGAAGAAGAAGGUGCGAUCAUUGCUGGCCUCCUCGUAGGUUUGAAUGUCAUUGAUGCAAACUUCUGCAUGAAAGGAGAAGACCUGGAUUCACAGGUUGGAGUUAUUGAUUUUUCGAUGUAUUUGAAAGAUGGAAACAGCACAAAAGGCAGUGAAGGAGAUGGUCAGAUAACUGCUAUUUUGGACCAGAAGAACUAUGUAGAAGAACUCAAUAGGCACUUAAGUGCUACAGUAAACAACCUGCAGGCCAAAGUGGAUGCCUUAGAAAAGUCCAACACUAAACUGACGGAGGAGCUUGCUGUUGCAAACAACAGGAUUAUUACAUUGCAAGAAGAGAUGGAACGAGUUAAAGAAGAAAGUUCUUACAUCUUGGAGUCCAAUCGUAAGGUCGCUAAAGACAGAACUGCAGAUGGACAGGCACUGACUGAGGCACGAAAACAGUUAAAGGAGGAGACUCAGCUGCGGCUGGAUGUGGAAAAGGAACUGGAGGCACAGAUUGGGAUGAGACAGGAGAUGGAGUUAGCCAUGAAAAUGCUGGAGAAAGAUGUCUGCGAGAAGCAAGAUGCACUGGUGGCGCUCAGACAGCAACUGGAUGAUCUCAGGGCCCUGAAGCAUGAACUGUCUUUCAAGCUGCAGAGUUCAGACAUGGGAGUGAAACAGAAGAGUGAACUGAAUAGCCGUUUAGAAGAAAAAACAAAUCAGAUGGCUGCUACCAUCAAACAGCUUGAACAAAGAUUGCGGCAGGCGGAGAAAGACCGUCAGUUGGCACAGCAGGACAACCGUCUCUUCAAGCAGGAGUUUGGGGACAAAAUCAACAGCCUCCAGCUAGAAGUGGAAGAGCUCUCCAGGCAGCGGAGCCAUCUUGAACUUGAACUGAAGCGGGAAAGAGAGAGAUGGUCACACAGUCACCAAAGCAGCCAAGGAAGCAAAAAAGGCCCAAAGAAUUGGUUAAAACCGGAUGGGAAGCUCAAAAUCCAAGAGGAAAACACCAAACUGAAACAGCCCCCAAGAGAGGAAAACUGUGUCCUGCCACACAAGUAUGGAAGAAAGUUACAGAGUAGUGCUCAGGAGGAGCAGGAACAGCCAUCAGGACCUGGAAAUGCUCAGAUCUGCCAGCUCUGCCAGGAAGAAAGCACUCGAAGCAAGAAAAAGAAUAUCUGCAAGAACUGUGGUGGUAUCUUCUGUGAAGCCUGUUCAGCAAAUGAGCUGCCCCUCCCGUCCAGUAUUAACCCAGAGCGUGUCUGCAAUCCCUGUCACAAGCAACUCAUCAAGCAGUAUUCCACCAGUCCCUUGUAGGAGGCAGGCUGCAGAGUGUGGUGAGACCAUAAAAAUUGUUGUAGCAGGUGACUGUCUCUAGAGUUGUUCAAGGGGAAUUUGAAGACACCUGUGUUGUUUGGAGGGGGAAAGCAGCUUUAUGGUGUCUUAGUCAAAAGAGACUGUAAACAGAACACCCUGAGCCUCCCUGUACAAAAAUCUGCCAGCUCUCUGGCCUGGGCUUGUGCUGAGAACUGCUUGAGGCAAGUGACCAUAAGGUGUGAUCAGGCAGCCUCAGGAUGCUGCAAGAACAGAGCCUCCACCCGAGAAAGAGCCAUGUGUCUGUGUGUGCAAGGCAGGAGCGUGUCAAGUGAGGGCAUGCUGCUGCUAAAAAGUGGCUCACUAAAAGCAAAACAGGAGCAUUUUCUAAUCCUCACGUCUGGCUGCACUUGAAAUACCAUUUCCCCUUUUCCUGCUGUCUUUGACAAUCUGGCUCAACUGUGCUCCUUCAGUGCCAGGAGUCCAGGUAACAAUACCAACAACAAAAAAAAAGUAUUUUCUGACACUGCUGCUUUGACCCAGUCCUCCAGCAGUAGGCUUGCUAUGCAAAUCAUUAUCAAACAAAGCUGUGAAAUGAUCCUAUAUUUUUAGGGACCUUGGAGAGGGCUAAGAUUUCCUUUUUCGGUGUGCGUGACAUUGGAGUGCUGACCCACGCUGAUCUGGUACAGAAAUGUUCAUUAAAGGCAUCUCUGAUCUUCCUAUCGGAGACCCUCACUGGGAUUUUGUGACCACAAAAUGGUGGCCAAUCCAAAGAGCUGCAACAGUACCUCCUAUCUUGAUGUUCUGGGGGAAUAGGACUCCCAAAGGUUUGAUUACAAAUCACCAUUACACAGAGGGUUUAAGGCCACGUCUUUGCACCUGUCUCCUUUGUGUACAUAAAAAAAUGAUUGUAAUACAGCUGGUAUUUCACUGAUUUUGCAUUAGAUCAAAAUGAAAGUAAGAUGAACUCAACAGUGCUUUUCACCUUUAGGAUAUCCUGACGCAAAACGUUUAAAAAGUUUUCAUAGUUUGUGCUACAUCAAUCUUUGUUGCUGUGACUUCAAGGACACAGUACUCCAAAAAGCAUUGACUUCCUCAUAAAGCACACAUGCAUCAUGUCAGUUUAUUUGGUCUACCUGAUGCUGGAAGCCUACCUGAGUCUCUAGGGCCACAGGAUGUUUUGUAAACUACAGAAAAAUUGAUGUAUUUAUAUGUGACAAAGACAUUUGGCUUUAAACUACUAUCCCCUAAUAACAUUUGUGUAAUUCCUCAGAGGAAUUCAUUAGACUGGCUGGAACUGCACUAUAAAAGUAUAUCAGAAUUGGUGUUUUUCACAUGGUUGGUGCUAGUUAGUUUGUCCCAGAAAUUUUUCUUUCCUAGUUCCUUGCAGGCCUUAAGUGUAUUCAGCUGUCCAAGUGCUCCACCUCCUCUCAGUGCCCUUCAGAGACAGAGCACUAAACAAAGGAGAGCAGGCUUCAGAAUUUUCCUUUUUCUGCCCUUGUGGUAGUUACCUUGCUGCUAUCCUUUAAAGGCAAGAAAUUGUGAGUGGUAUUGAAAUUUGAGAAGUCUAGCAUUCAAGCAUAAAACAAACACUGCUUUCAUAGGGUGAGAUGCCAUAGCUAAGGCACGAGAUACCAAAUUUGUAAGUUUUGUGUACACACUGGUACACACUUAAGAGAUUGCAAAUUCCUGCAUCCAAAUGCAGAGACUCAUUCUGCAGAGAAAGUCUGACACAGGCAAUUUCAGUGCUGAAGGAUUUAACUGGAAAACAGGUACUUACUGUGAAGUAACUUCAAUGCUGGUACAUCUGAGCAAUUUCACAGCUCUGAAGUGACAGCUUAUCUGUGACCUCUACAUAAUUUCCCACUAUUCAGCAGGAGUGGCUGCUGCAAUUCUUGCUUGAAGUGAAGGCUGAAAUGAUCUUUAUGUAGAAAGCAGGACAGUUCUUGAGCAGGUCCUUUACAGUUACAGUAUGCAAACAGCCCUUUACAGAGGCAGCUGAAAAUCCUUCAAAAUAGGGCUCUGGUUGCUGUAAUUAAAACUGGCAUUUGGAAAGGUGUGAGAUGAUGAUGUAAGCUGUCUGUGUUCACACACAACUCCUUCCUGAUUUCUUGGACUCAGUGAAGGGCUCUGCUUUUAAGUACUGGUUGUUGUGCUUUAUGAUGCUGCAAAUGUUCAAGGCACAUUUGCUCACAUACUGGUGGUAAUGCUGAAUUUUUGGGUUUAUACCUGGACUUUUGGAGUGAGGGGAGCAGAUACAGCAGUUUUUCUGAUAUUAAUUUUGUUCCACGUGUAGUAAUAAAAACUUUCUCAUCUGGA